CGACGAGUACCCACACCCCUCCUCCACUCUCAGCUCACAGUCUCCCUCUUUCUUUUUUCUUUCUGCUGUGGACCAGUUUCUCUCCUCGCUCUCCUUCACUUCCACACUGCACCUCUCAUAUCCCAACUUCAGAGGGCUUCCAUCGAGAUCUCGGCACGUUUCUUUUCAUUCAUUUUUUUUUUUUCCGGGGACAGGAGUCACGAGGGUCCCUCUGGAUAAGCGCCUUGUGUGUUUGACGCUGUGAGAACAUCUGGUUGUCGUCCUGUCAUCAUCAAACCAAGGAACCAGACUUGACCGCCAUGAAUGUUCAGCUGCUGCUCCUGUUGGCCUUCUGUGCCUUCACGCAUGCGGGCCCCACAGUCCUCCCAACAGACCACGACGUUUUGAUGACUCACUCCUUAGCAGACCUCCGUACCCAUGAGCCCACAGAGGCCGGCACAGAGCUUGACGUCAUCACCGGUGCUCCGUCAACCCACCCAAUGACGGCCGAACAGCAAGAUGCGGUGGACGUCACGACCGAGGCGCAGUCUCCUCAGGCGACGCCCGGUACUGAGGAGCCCACGGUCGAGAGUGAAACCCCCACUUCGGUUGCUACCGAGGCUGCCGAACCCCUUACCACCGAGUCCCCUGCUGUGGAGAUCACCCCGACGGAGGCUCCCGAAGAGGCUGAGAUCAUCCCCCAGUGGACGGAAACUGUCAAGGUGGACAUGCCAGAUGAGGUGGUUGUUGAAGAUGGUGCAGAGGAAGGCCUGAGCUCGGGCCAGGUCGUCGGCAUUGUGAUUGGCGCUCUGUUGGCCGUCGUCAUUGUCGUCGUCGCGGUGAUCGCUGUCGUCAGGAGGAUGGGAAAAUACUCCCCCUGAAGAAGAAAAAGACGAAGGCGGCCAAGCAGCAGGAGCCGUCAAAGUUCUGGAAAUUCUGAACUACUGAACUGUGACGUCAAUUACAAUCAUUGAAACAGCAACCAACGAAUAAAUUUAACACCAGAACUUUAUGAUUCUAAGCAGGACUCGGAACUGUCAUGUUGCCGAAAGAAAAAGAUGGGAGCCUAGUUUGUGUGUCCAGUAUGUAUGAUAUGUAUGUAAGACGACAGAGACAUGCCGCUCAUUGUUCACCUCGAUGACGUCACGGCAAAUGGAGUGAUUCAUAUAAACACAAUACACAAAGGAAUUUCACCGUAAAACGUGAUCCCGCAUCAGCGAUAUAGUGAUUAGACUCGGGGUUUUUUUUUUUUUUUGUGUUUUGUUUUUAAUGGGAUCAUUGAGACGUUCGUCAGUUUGUUAGCGAGGCUACAUCCUGUUUCAGGAAAGCUGAUGUUAAGACUUUAGGAAUAGGUCAAAAGGACCGUACCAAUUUAAGACUAGGGGGAAUGCUUCUAUGGUGAUUUACACUGUGAACAGAUAUAUACAUUUCUUUAACAAGAAUGGAAAAUGUUAUGGUGCACCAUAUUUGUUCAUUUGUAGGUAGCAGGCUACUACCUGGUUCAAGAAUACUGACAUAAAACUUACAGCCAAAAAUGUCUAUCAGAAUUCUUGGGUGGUGGGAAAGUUUCUAUCUGGAUUUACACCGCAAAAAGAGAAAAGAAGAAACAUUAAAAACAUGGAGCGCCAUACUUUAUAAUUUGCUACUCAAUAGGCUACUUACUGUUCAAGACAAAUGAUGUCAUACAUACAAGCAUUUCUCUGACUUUCUGGAACAAGUUUCCGCUUUAGAAAUAGAAAAAAGGGACCCUACCAAUUUGGAUUUAUUUUUGGGGAAGGGACACUGCUUCUAUUGUGAUAUACACUGUGGAAAGAGAAAUACAUUUCCGAACAAAAGUGAAAAUCA